UCAAGAUUUUUGUCUAAUCAAGUUGCUUAGUGUUUUGUAAAAACAUGUUCUUCAGAGUCUAUUAAAUUGCCAAUGGUUUAAAACAGCUGUACUGGUACAUCAAUGGGCUAACACGAACAUUAUAACAAUAUUUAAGAUAGGUAAUAUUUACAAAAGCCCAAGGAAAAAUACUUGAUAAAUACACCACAUUUUUUAGUGAGAGGCAUGAUAUUAUGAGCUUUACCACAAAACCAUAAGGAGCAUUGUUGCUUCAAACAAUCAAAAAUUUGAACUUGUCAAGCAAUUACAGUCGAUAAGUACUUGCAAUUAAGUUUAUUUUUAUAUAGUUUUGUUAUAAGAUGGCAGAUCAUAGGUAUUAACGUUUAUUGACUCUUAUUUAGUAAAAUGAUAAAUUCAUUGAAUGUUCAGUUAGAUCUUUGAUAAUGUCUGUUCGUAACUAAAGUAGUUUAUCUUGUAACUAUACACAAUAGUAUCUCUGUAUCUGUUGACGAAGUUUCAAGAAAUUAGAAAGAUUUGAAGCAUAAACAAUGGGCAAAAGAUUCCAGUUUGCAAUAGACCGUGGAGGUACUUUUACGGAUGUGUAUGCACGAUGCCCUAAUGGAAAGGUGCGUGUCAUGAAGCUGUUGUCUGUUGAUCCUCAGAACUAUUCUGAUGCUCCCAGGGAAGCAAUAAGAAGGAUAUUACAAGAAGAAACUGGCAAUGCAUUAGACAAAGAUGGCAAAGUCAACUCUGCCUUAAUAGAAUCUAUUCGUAUGGGUACCACAGUUGCCACAAACGCUUUGCUGGAAAGGAAAGGAGCUGCAAUGGCCCUGGUCAUUAACAAGGGCUUCAAAGAUUUACUUUACAUCGGAAACCAGGCGAGGCCGAAUAUAUUUCAACUGAACAUCAAACGUCCAGAGGUCUUGUAUAAAGAGGUGGUAGAGGUAGAUUGUAGAGUGAUACCAGCGCUAGAAGACCGAUGUCAGUUGGACAAGGCUGGGAAAAAUUGGAAGGAAGUGUAUGGAACCACCGGUGAAAAGAUGCUAGUUAUCAAAGACAUAGACGAAGAUGCAGUCAGAGUAGACUUGCAGGCGUUGAAAGAAAAGGGGAUAGAGAGUAUUGCUGUAGUCUUAGCGCAUAGUUACACAUACCACGACCACGAGAUAAGAGUGGGGAAGAUAGCCGAAAGCUUAGGUUUCACUCAAGUAUCAUUAUCGCAUGCUGUAACGUCCAUGGUGCGCAUGGUGCCGCGAGGGUUCACGGCUUCAGCUGACGCGUACCUGACUCCUCACAUCCGGGAGUACGUGAGGAGUUUCUCGGACGGCUUCACCGAUUCUCUGAAGGACGCCAACGUGCUGUUUAUGCAAUCUGACGGUGGAUUGACUCCUAUGAAUUUAUUCAACGGCUCGCGCGCCAUCCUCUCUGGGCCAGCUGGAGGCGUGAUUGGUUACGCUAUGACUUCGUACCAGAAAGAAACCGGCCUGCCGGUCAUAGGUUUCGACAUGGGCGGCACCUCCACGGACGUGUCGCGGUACGCGGGCUCGUUGGAGCACGUUCAUGAGGCCACCACGGCUGGCGUCACGAUACAAGCGCCACAGCUAGACAUAAACACAGUGGCAGCGGGCGGCGGGUCCAUGUUGUUCUUCCGGUCGGGCCUGUUCGUGGCGGGGCCGGAGUCCGCGGGCGCCGAGCCGGGCCCCGCUUGCUAUCGGAAGGGCGGACCGCUUGCCGUCACUGACGCUAAUCUGUUGUUAGGUCGUCUGCUGCCUGAAUACUUCCCGAAGAUCUUCGGUCCCGAUGAGAACGAGCCCCUGGACCGAGCCGCGACAGUGACGGCCUUCGAGAAAAUGACAGAAGAUAUUAAUGCGUUCUUGAAACAAGAUGGCGGUAACGAGAUGACAACUGAAGAAGUAGCAAUGGGUUUUAUCAAUGUUGCCAACGAAGCCAUGUGUCGUCCUAUUAGGGCGCUGACGACGGCGCGCGGUCACGACGCGGCGCAGCACGCGCUGGCGUGCUUCGGCGGCGCGGGCGGCCAGCACGCCUGCUCCGUGGCGCGGCGCCUGGGCAUCUCCACUGUGCUCAUACAUAAAUACGCAGGUAUCCUGUCGGCAUACGGUAUGGCCCUGGCCCACAUAGUGCACGAGGCGCAGGAGCCCAGCGCGUGCCUGUAUAGCCCAGAGAACUACCAGCAGCUCGACCGCAAGUUGGAUGUGCUAUCUGCUGUUUGUAAGGAUAAGCUGUUAGCUCAGGGUAUACCAGCAUCCCGGAUAGUUUUAGAGCCCUACUUACAUCUCCGGUACGCGGGGACGGACUGCGCGCUCAUGGUGUCCCCCCUGCCCGGGGGCUCCGCCACGGCCUGCAGCCACGGGGACUUCUAUACGGCCUUCGUGAACAGAUACAAAAACGAGUUCGGUUUCACUUUGUCCGAACGGGACGUGCUCGUGGACGACGUCCGCGUGCGGGGCGUCGGGCUCAGCGCCGCGCACGAACACGAGGGGGUGCCCAGCGGGGAGGGCGCGCCGCCCCCCGCCGAGAAGACAGUGAAGGUGUACUUCGAAGGCGGCUACCAGGAUACUAAAAUAUAUUUAUUGGAGAAGCUAUUGGCGGAGCAAGUGGUCCCGGGACCAGCUAUUAUAAUGGAUAGCUUGUCGACAAUACUUGUCGAGCCUGAUUGUCGAGCAGAAAUAACAAAGCACGGAGAUGUCAAAAUCACUAUUGGAUCUGGGCAAGCGAAGAAAGUUACCACCGCUUUGGAUUCCAUACAGCUCAGCAUAUUCUCGCAUCGUUUCAUGUCUAUAGCCGAACAGAUGGGCAGAGUACUACAAAGAACAUCUAUAUCGGUGAACAUCAAAGAGCGAUUGGACUUCUCGUGCGCGCUGUUCGGUCCCACCGGUGGGCUGGUCUCGAACGCUCCCCACAUCCCAGUACAUUUGGGCGCUAUGCAGGAGGCGGUUCAAUAUCAGAUGAAAGUACGCGGCGAUACCCUGCGGCCCGGCGACGUGCUGUUGGCCAACCAUCCCAAAGCCGGAGGUUCGCAUCUGCCCGACCUCACAGUCAUAACGCCGGUCUUCCACGGGAGCGACCCUCGUCCGAUAUUCUUCGUGGCGUCCCGCGGGCACCACGCCGACAUCGGCGGCCUCACGCCGGGCUCCAUGCCGCCGCACUCCGUCAGCCUCACGCAGGAGGGCGCCGCCUUCAAGUCCUUCCUGCUCGUCGACAAGGGCGCUUUCAACGAGAAACUGCUUGUCGAAGAACUGAUGAAACCCGGGAACGAGCCCGGCUGUUCCGGGACCAGGAACCUGGCUGACAACCUCUCCGAUCUGAAGGCGCAGGUCGCGGCCAAUCAAAGGGGCAUACAGCUAGUGGGGGAGUUGAUAGAGGAAUACGGCCUCGAAGUGGUACAGGCUUACAUGGAGCACAUACAGAAGAACGCCGAGCUGGCCGUGAGGGACAUGCUCAAGGAGAUAGCGAGGAGCGCUAUUGCGGAGACAGGCUCGGCCGUGCUGUCGGCUGUCGAAUACAUGGACAACGGCACGCCGAUCAGCCUCACCGUGACCCUGGAUAAAGACUCCGGGAGCGCCCUGUGUGACUUCACCGGCACAGGAGUUGAGGUGUGGGGCAACCUGAACGCUCCCCGCGCGAUCACCCUGUCGGCCCUCAUCUAUUGUCUGCGUUGCAUGGUGGGCCACGACGUCCCCCUCAACCAGGGUUGCCUCACUCCGGUGAGCGUGGUGAUACCCCCGGGCUGCAUCUUGGACCCGUCGGAGGGGGCGGCCGUGGUGGGCGGCAACGUGCUCACCUCGCAGCGCAUCGUCGACGUCGUGCUCAAGGCUUUUCAGGUGUGUGCGGCGUCGCAGGGGUGCAUGAACAACCUGACUCUAGGGGAGGCCGACUGGGGGUACUACGAGACCGUGGCGGGCGGCAGCGGAGCUGGUCCGGGGUGGGCGGGGCAGGGUGGCGUCCACACGCACAUGACCAACACUCGCAUCACGGACGUCGAGAUCGUGGAGCGUCGGUACCCCAUGCUGGUCACCGGGUUCAGCCUCAGAGCCGGCUCGGGCGGUAGAGGGCGCUGGGCGGGCGGCGAGGGCGUGCGGCGUGAGCUGGUGCUACGGCGCGCCGUGCGUCUCUCUGUGCUCAGCGAGCGCCGCGCGCUGCCCCCCUACGGACUCCGCGGCGGCGAGGCUGGGGCCCGUGGACUCAACCUACUAGAGCGGACAGACGGCAGGAUCAUCAAUCUCGGUGGAAAGGCGUCCGUUGACGCUUAUCCAGGGGACAAAUACAUAAUGAAUUCGCCCGGAGGUGGGGGGUAUGGUCCCCCGGCGGAAAGCUCGAGUGACGAACAAACAGACAAACAAUACAGCGCGUUUAUUGAGCGGGGCAGCGUGUACGAGUACAGGAGUGCUCAGGAAUCGGUUUAACGUAGACCACGCGUACUGUCUGGUCGAAAUAUUACUCUGUAUUCCCUUCACAUUAUAUCCUAUCUUAUUCGAGGUUGGCAAAUGUUGUCCCAACAUUACGACCAUGGAGCUUGUUUGGUUCAUCCCUCUGUUUAUGAUACUCAUCCUAUCCUACAUUUUGUAUCCGUGUUUGAAGGGCCUAGGUAUUUUGGUUUCGACAUGAAAUUACCUAAGGUUCCACUCUUAUCGUAUCGGAAGUAUAUUUCCCGGUUCGCCCAAAUUUGCAAGAAAUUUGCAAGUCGCAUAAUAAGCUAUUCUCCUCCAGUGACUUAACUCAUAUAUGUUUGGACAUUCUUGUAUGUCUCAAUCUGGAGACUACACUCAACUCCCCAGGGUCGAUUUGGUUCUGGGUGGAGACCCGCAGUACAUCAGACUAAAUCCACACUCGGUUCGGAUCUUAUCCACUGCUUUUUCAGCGAUCUUUCCGACUAAUUUCUCAUUUUUAAUUGAGGAAUCUAUAUUGAUUUAAGACAACUUUACUGUAUUUGUAUGAUGAUGGAGACAGUGCCUUACAAGUAUAUUUACAUAUAUAUAGACUAGAGUUUUAUAUUUUCUUCAAUAAUAACCAUUAUGCCAAUGACGUUAAGACUCAUCUUAACUAACUUUGUCUAUUGAAGACAGUGCCUUACGAGUAUAUUUACAUAUAGUCUAGAUUUUUAUAGUGACUUCAAUAAUAACCAUUAUGCCAAUGAUGUUAAGGCUCACCUUAACUAACUUUUUCUAUUAGAAAAUCAUCUUUAUAUCUCAUCGAUAUUAUGCUAUAUCAUCAAAUCUAUAUCAAAAAAGAACCUUAUGAAUAUACAUAUAUGUAAAAUAAAUUAUUCUAAGUUCGAUGAAUUAUUAGUAUUGCUGUUAAAGUUUUUCCGAUCAGUUCGAUAGAGAACCGUCCGCAAAGAUUUACUUCAAAGUUAGUUGUUUAUUUAUUAUCGGGUUUAUUAUAUUCAUUUUUACAAUUUCCAAAAUCCUCAAGUUUUUUUUUUUUUUUUUUAUUGCUUAG